AUGGGCGAUCACGAGCACUCCACGAUAAAGCAUCAGGACCAUCUCCUCCUCGACCAACCCCUCCUCCGCCUCCCGUACGAGCUCCUUCGCAAAAACUUCCGAUCCGCCCACUUCACCGUCGAAAAGGACUCGACUGCCAUCAAAACCCUUCUCAAGGAGACCGCCACAGCCUCGGUCAACGGCCGCGCAUCUCCCGACGAUGUCCUCCGCAAUCUUGAUACCAUGAUCGCCCGCAUGCGCGGCGUCAAGCGCAAGCUCACCGCCCACGCUGAGGAGGAGGCCCGCCUCACCCGCCAGGCCGGCGCUCGCAUCUCGCACCUCGGCGACCUCUACAACAUGCACUCGGUUGACGACGUCAAGUACGAGGCUUGGAGCCGCGCCCGUCUUGACCGUUUGCUUGUCGACUACCUGCUUCGCCACGGCUACAACGAAAGUGCCCAAGCACUUACCGCCGAGCGUAACAUGGAUGACCUGGUUGACGUUGAGACCUUUGUGCAAAUGAGUCGUAUUCAGGAAUCACUCAGAGGUGGGAGCGUUGUCGAGGCGCUGGCUUGGUGUCAGGACAACAAGAAGGAACUUCGCAAGAUGGAUUGCAACCUCGAGUUCAUGCUCCGCUUUCAGCAGUACAUCGAGCUUGUCCGCACCCAAUCCCAACCAAAACUCCUCGAAGCCAUCGCCCACGCGAAGAAAUACCUUGUCCCGUUUAAGGCAACGUAUCCGGAUGAGCUUCGUAAGGCCUUUGGUCUCCUUGCCUAUCCUCCUACAGCAGCCAACGCCGUUUACUCGGACCUCUACAGCCCAGACCGCUGGAAUGCCCUCGCUGACCUCUUCACUCGUACCCAUAACAACCUCCUCGCUCUCCCCUCCUACCCUCUCCUGCACAUCGCUCUCUCAUCAGGCCUUUCAGCCCUCAAGACCCCUGCUUGCCACUCAUUGAACUCAUCACACGUCGCUGCGGAUGCCAACACUGCUACCAAUGCGUCAGCCACUGCCGGCACUCAGUCCGUCUGCCCAAUCUGCUCGACGGAACUAAACGAUCUCGCGCGUAACGUCCCUUAUGCACAUCACACCAAGAGCUACGUUGAGCACGACCUGCUGCUAUUGCCGAAUAGCCGGGCUUAUGGCAAGGAGCGUCUCGAAGAGUACGCCAAGAAGUCGGGCUUGCCGCCUGACCAGGUCAAGGAUUUGCGCACCGGCGAGGUCUACUCCAUGGACAAGCUCAAGAAGGUCUACAUUACGUGA